CGUGCGCGCACGACCGAGUGUGGGCGUUCCGAGUCGCGCGCACCUCUCUUCCCACGUCUUUCCACGCGUGCUCUCGAGAUGCUGAGCGCUCAUUGGUGCCAAAAGCGCACGACCGGCUCUCCCACCCGGACUCGCUCACUCAUUCAGUGAGAGUCGGACUACCUGCCUCACACUCACACGAGUGGACCUCACCUGAGGGGGGUCCACGAUGCACGCGCACUGCGCGACGAUGGCAAUAUUUGGCGCGCUUUUGCAUCUCGUGCGCACUUUUAGGAGCCGCGGGGAGGUGUGAGCUCGCCCUGAACCCAUCACCACCACCACCAUCAAGACCACCACCAUGGACUGUCUGCUUCUGAUCAUUUGGACUCUCCCCAUGCCGCUGGUCGGCUGCGCUCCAGUGCGGCUGCUCUCCACUUUGCUGACCUGGAGCCUCAUCAAGACACUGCACAUAUGCUGCACACACGCCUCCAUCCACACUGUGUCAGCCAACUACUUCUCUUCCUCUGCUUCUUCUUCCUCCACCAGCCACGGGUUAAAUCACGACUACGCCUUUGCCACCCCAGUGGAGGUAGACGCUCAGGGACAAUACCUGAGCCAUGAUGUGGGCUGGCGGGGCCGUCGCAGCAGGAGGUCUGCGUCGCGGUCCGCGUCUGUGCACUACCGCCUCUCUGUCUUUGGCCAAGACCUGCACCUGGAGCUGCAGCCGUCCUCAGUGGUUGGCCCGGGCUUCACAGUACAGACGCUUGGCUCGGAUGGCAUCGCCACAGUCACCAGAAGCGAAGGGUUUCAUGACUGUUUCUAUCAGGGAUUUGUCCGGGACUUGUCGUCCUCCUCGGCGGCCAUAUCGACGUGCUCGGGGCUGUCAGGUUUGAUCCGCGUGUCUGAGCACGAGUACUUGAUCUCGCCUUUGCCUCAGCAUCUGGCUCAACAUCACAACUACAGUGCACCCGACGGUCACCAGCCGCACGUCGUCUACAAACGCUCCGCCGAACACGUGGUCCGCCAACAAGCCGGCGAACCGUCGGGUCUCGGAACAUCUACGCAACGCCAGGUCCAACGACCGCACCAGGACCAUCCUCAACACCAGGACGACCAAAACGGGCACACAGAAAGGCAGCAUUUCUGUGGGCGCCGCAAGCAAUACACUCCCAAGCCUCCCACUGAGGACCCUUUCCUGAUGCCAGAUGAGUUUGACAUGCCCUACGAUGAGGGCCCAGGAAGGCCAAGGCGGUCUCCGAUUGACUCCAACCGGGUCGGAGGUCUGAAUGUGGAGACCCUGGUGGUGGCGGACCGGAAGAUGCUGGAGAAACACGGCCGGGAAAACGUCACCACCUACGUCCUCACCGUCAUGAACAUGGUUUCCAGUCUUUUCAAAGACGGCACCAUCGGGACAGACAUCAACAUUGUGGUAGUUAGCUUAUUGCUACUGGAACAGGACCCGUUUGGCCUGACCAUUAAUCACCACGCUGACCAGUCACUCAACAGCUUCUGCCAGUGGCAGUCAGGCCUGGUGGGCAAGAGCGGUAAGCGGCACGACCACGCCGUCCUCCUCACCGGGCUGGACAUCUGCUCCUGGAAGAACGAGCCCUGCGACACCCUGGGUUUUGCUCCAAUCAGCGGCAUGUGCAGCAAGUACAGGAGCUGCACCAUCAACGAGGACACGGGACUGGGCUUGGCGUUCACCAUCGCUCACGAGUCCGGACACAAUUUCGGCAUGAUACAUGAUGGCGAGGGCAACCCCUGUCGCAAAACCGAGGGCAACAUCAUGUCCCCCACCCUCGCCGGUAACAACGGAGUCUUCUCUUGGUCCAUCUGCAGCCGCCAGUACCUCAACCGGUUUCUUGGAACCACUCAGGCGUCCUGUCUGGUGGACGAGCCCAAGCAGAUCGGUCAAUACAAAUAUCCCGAGAAGCUUCCCGGGCAGCUGUAUGAUGCUGACACGCAGUGCAAGUGGCAAUUUGGCUCCAAGGCAAAGUUAUGCCGCCUUGACUUUGUUAAGGACAUCUGCAAGUCUUUGUGGUGUCACCGCACGGGCCAUCGAUGUGAGACCAAGUUCAUGCCUGCCGCCGAGGGCACCAGCUGCGGCCCCGACAUGUGGUGUUGGCGCGGCCAGUGUGUCAAAUAUGGGGAGCACGGUCCCAAGGCGGUCCACGGCCAGUGGUCUCCUUGGUCCCAGUGGUCGGAAUGUUCAAGAACAUGCGGCGGUGGGGUCAUGUACAGGGAACGCUCCUGCACCAGUCCACGGCCGCAGCAUAACGGCAAAUUCUGCUACGGCCCCGGCCGCCACAACCAGCUGUGCAACACUCGCCCGUGCCCGCCCAACAGCGUGGAUUUCCGGACGCAGCAGUGUGCCGAGCACAACAGCAAACCCUUCAGGGGCUGGUACUACAAGUGGAAGCCGUACACCAAAGUGGACGACGAAGACGUCUGUAAAUUGUACUGCACGGCCGAGGACUUUGACUUCUUCUUCGCCAUGUCCAGCAAGGUCAAAGACGGCACCUCCUGCUCUGACCACAAAGGCGAUGUUUGUAUCGACGGCGUGUGUGAGGCAGUUGGUUGCGAUCAGAUUUUAGGAUCCAAGGCCUCUCUGGAUGCGUGCGGCAUAUGCAAGGGAAGCAACUCUACAUGCAAAUUUUACAAAGGCAUGUACACACUUCAGCACAGAGCCAAUGAGUAUUACUCCAUGGUAACCAUCCCAGCAGGUGCCCAGAGCAUUCGAGUGGAAGAGAUGGCGGUGUCUACCAGCUAUCUGGCAGUGCGUUCCCUGAAGAGGAAGUACUACCUGACGGGGGACUGGACAGUGGACUGGCCGGGCAAGUUCCACUUCGGAGGGGCCACGUUCAGCUACCAGCGCUCCUUCAGCAAGCCCGAGAGCCUGUACGCCGCCGGACCCACCAAUGAGACGCUGGUGUUUGAGAUCCUCCUGCAAGGCAAGAAUCCCGGAGUGGUUUGGGAGUACACGUUGCCUCGCACCGAGAGGAAGCCAGAUUACAGCUGGGGCGUGGUGCGCUCCGACUGUUCAGCUCCCUGCGCCGGAGGUCGCAUUUCCACCAAGGCCAUUUGCCUGCAGGACCAGAAAGUUCACGUCAACGCCACCAUGUGCAAUCCGCUCACAAAACCUACGCUGGGAUCACACCUCUGCAAUACGCAGCCCUGCCCUGCAUACUGGUGGACAGGAGACUGGGCGGCGUGCAGUCGUUCGUGCGGCGGGGGCCAGCAGGCCAGGACGCUGCGCUGCAUGAGGAAGGUGACCUACCAGCGUGAGGAGGCGGCGGCGCACUCCCUCUGCCCUGUCGUCUCGCCGGCACAGCUGCGCCCCUGCAACACGCAGGCCUGCCCGCCCGGGUGGAACACUGGAGCCUGGUCGCAGUGCUCCAAGAGUUGCGGCCGCGGACUGAGGAAGCGAAGCGUGUUCUGCCAAAGCGCAGACCCCGGCGCGGUGGUGCCCGACAGCAUGUGCAGACAGAACCAGCGACCCAAAGCCCAGGAGAGCUGCGUCCUGCGCCGCUGCCCAAAGAACGACAAGCUGCAGUGGACGGUGACUUCCUGGGGAGAGUGCUCCAGGUCGUGCGGCCCUGGCCUGCAGAAGCGAGAACUCCGCUGCGGGGAGAAAGACUUCCAGGGACGGAUUGUGGAGUUUCCUAUGAGGAGGUGCAGGAACCUCGCCAAACCCUCGACCGAUCUCCAGCAGGCUUGCGACCGAGGUCCGUGCCCCGAGCUGGCCCGGGUCCUGGCGGGCAAUACUGGCGCUGUGGUGUCAAGCUGGUAUUCUUCUCCAUGGCAACAGUGCUCGGUGUCCUGCGGCGGGGGCGUCCAGACCCGCGGCGUCCAGUGUGUGUAUCAAGGUCGUCCGGCGAGCGGCUGCCUGGCCCACCAGCGACCGGUCGCCACGCGGGCCUGCAACACUCAGUUCUGCCCCCGUGCCGCCCCGCCGCCGCAACACCACCACAACCGCGUCACAGCCGUCGGGACCACGCUAAGAGGCGAGCCACCCUGCGUUGACCGCUUCAGCUGGUGCCACCUGGUCCCGCAGCACGGCGUCUGCGGCCACAAGUUCUACGGGGAUCAGUGCUGCCGAUCCUGCACGGGCAGGAGGCUCUAGUGAAGAAGGAAAAGGACCCGCACCCCCUCCCUGCGGGGGCGGGCGGGCCUUUUGAACAACUCUCAGAACACAGAACUGCACCUCACGGAAUGUGUUUGUCCUUCCUGGAGUACUUGACGAAUGAACUGAGUGAAGAAGUAAGAAGAGACGAUCAACCAACUGGAAAAGUAACUUUGGAUUUUCUGCGGGAUAUUUGGAGCUCCUCCACCUUUGUUGUUCUUAGCUCGCCUGUAUCGUGCGUGUAUUUUAAGGAUCCGAUGCCUUUAUUUAACUUAUUGCUCAUGAUGUGACAUUAUGUUGUGCAGUGGACCUGUGACGUGUAACUCACCCACUAUGGACGUUCUCCACAUAAUGACAUUUUGUAUUAUUAUUUUUUUUUUUUUCCGAAUGAAGCAUUAUUAGCAUUUGGUGCACUCGGCCCCGGUCCCUCUUUUUCUGCUUCUUGCUGCUGAUGCACCACCAGACCUUCCAUUCGUGUUGACACGGUGGAAAGGAUGCUUUUUUUUUGUGUGUGUGUGUGUGUGGCUCUCCUGUAUCGCUACGACAAUAAUACAGCUUGAU